CGGGACCUGGGGAUCAGUCCGUCUUCCUCACGCACCCUCGGCGCUGGAAGCGGCCGCUUUAUGAAAUGAGCAGCUUAUUAGGGAAAGCCGAUGUUAUUUUUGAGGAAGAUGAUCUGCCUUAUGAAGAAGAGAUCAUUCGCAAUCCUUAUUCUGUUAAAUGCUGGAUACGCUACAUUGAGUAUAAACAGUCUGCGCCCAAACAUGUGGUGAACAUGAUCUACGAGAGAGCUCUCAAAGAACUUCCUGGCAGUUACAAGCUGUGGUACAAUUACCUGAAACAGCGGCGGAAACAGGUGAAGGGGAGAUGUGUCACAGACCCUGCGUUCGAGGAGGUUAACAACUGCCAUGAGCGAGCCCUGGUUUUCAUGCACAAGAUGCCGCGUAUUUGGCUGGACUACUGUCAGUUCCAGGUUGACCAGUGUAAGAUAACGAGAACUCGCCGCACCUUUGACAGGGCCCUUCGGGCCCUCCCUGUCACCCAGCAUUAUCGCAUUUGGCCCAUGUACCUGAAGUUCGUCCGCCUGUUUCCGCUGUCAGAGACUGCAAUCCGAGUCUACAGGCGCUACCUGAAGCUGUCUCCUGAAAACGCUGAGGAAUACAUUGAGUAUCUCCACUCCAUCGAUCGUCUGGACGAAGCUGCUGUCCGGCUCGCUGCCAUCGUCAACGAUGAAUCAUUUGUCUCAAAAGAAGGAAAAUCAAACUAUCAACUGUGGCACGAGCUCUGCCACCUCAUUUCUACAAACCCAGAUCAGGUGAAGUCCCUGAACGUUGGGGCCAUUAUCCGGGGUGGUCUGACCCGCUUCACGGACCAACUAGGGAAGCUCUGGUGUUCCUUAGCUGAUUAUUACAUUAGAAGUGGUCAUUUUGAAAAGGCCAGAGACGUGUAUGAAGAGGCGAUUCAAACAGUGAUGACAGUUCGAGAUUUCACUCAAGUGUUUGAUAGCUAUGCGCAGUUUGAGGAGAGCAUGAUUGCAGCCAAGAUGGAGACGACAGCAGAAAUGGGGCAAACUGAGGAAGAUGAUAUCGAUCUGGAGCUGCGAUUGGCUCGGUUUGAGCAGCUGAUAAACAGGCGUCCCCUCCUUUUGAACAGUGUGCUGCUUCGCCAGAACCCACACAACGUACACGAGUGGCAUAAACGUGUCAAACUGUACGAAGGAAAGCCGCGAGAGAUCAUAAACACAUACACAGAAGCUGUGCAGACAGUUGACCCAUUAAAAGCUACUGGAAAACCACAUUCACUCUGGGUUUCGUUUGCAAAGUUUUACGAAGAAAAUAGUCAAAUUCAGGAUGCUCGGACUAUAUUCGAGAAAGCCACAAAAGUAAAUUUCAAACAUGUUGACGACCUCGCCGGUGUUUGGUGUGAAUACGGGGAGAUGGAACUGCGGCAUGAAAACUACGACGAGGCACUUCGACUGUUGAGGAGAGCUACAGCAGUACCGGCAAGGAAAGCUGAGUACUUUGAUUCAACAGAACCCGUCCAGAACAGAGUAUACAAGUCACUGAAAGUCUGGUCCAUGUUAGCAGAUCUGGAGGAGAGUCUUGGCACUUUUAAGUCCACAAAGGCAGUGUACGACAGAAUUAUAGAUCUGCGAAUCGCCACACCUCAAAUCAUCAUCAAUUAUGCAAUGUUCCUGGAGGAGCACACCUACUUUGAAGAAAGUUUUAAGGCUUACGAGAGAGGGAUUGCCCUAUUUAAGUGGCCCAACGUAUACGAUAUUUGGAACACUUACCUUACGAAAUUCAUCGAUCGAUACGGUGGGAAGAAACUGGAACGAGCGCGAGACCUCUUUGAACAAGCUCUUGAUGGAUGCCCACCGAAAUUUGCCAAAACUAUCUACCUGCUGUAUGCUAAGCUGGAGGAAGAGUAUGGCUUAGCCCGACAUGCCAUGGCUGUGUACGAACGAGCAACGAAGGCGGUCGAGACUUUGGAGCAGUAUGAGAUGUACAACAUCUACAUUAAAAGAGCAGCCGAAAUCUACGGGGUUACCCACACGCGGGGUAUCUAUGAGAAGGCGAUUGAGGUGUUGCCGGAUGAGCAUGCCCGGGACAUGUGCUUGCGAUUCUCUGAUAUGGAAUGCAAACUGGGUGAAAUUGAUCGGGCCCGUUCCAUUUACUCUUACUGCUCCCAGCUGUGUGAUCCCAGGAUAACACCGUCAUUCUGGCAGACCUGGAAGGAAUUUGAGAUCCGACAUGGUAACGAGGACACCAUUCGUGAGAUGUUGCGGAUUAAGCGUAGCGUGCAGGCCACGUACAACACCCAGGUCAAUUUUAUGUCCUCGCAGAUGUUGAAGGCCUCCACUAAUGCUACAGGCACAGUGUCUGAUCUUGCACCUGGGCAAAGUGGAAUGGAUGACAUGAAACUACUGGAGCAGAAAGCCCAACAGCUGGCGGAAGAAGCUGAGAGGGAAAAACCCAAACCCAAAGACAAAAUUCUGUUUGUCAGGAGUGAUGCAUCUCGCACCGAACUCGCCGAGCUUACAAAGCAGGCCAACCCGGAUGAGAUUGAUAUCGAUGAUGAUGAUGACGACGAUGAGGAGGGUGAUGAUGAACCAGAUGAGGUGCCACUUGAGCAGAAAGCUGUCCCCUCGGCAGUGUUUGGGGGUCUGAAAGAUGACUGAACAGUAACUCGAUGCAGAAUAAUUACUCCCUAUCAUCCAUCACCUUUGAUAGCAGAAGCUGCUGUUUGGAAUGCAGAUACCCUGUACGUGCUGUUUAAGGCACAUCUUAGCUGGUUAAGAAGCUGGACUGAUGGAAGGAUUUAUUUCUUCCCCUUCUGUUUUGAAUUCCAAUUCCCCCUCCUGGUACCUGUGUAUUACCAGCCAAUGGGCACUGCCUUCUCUUCUGUUAAGCGGUAUUUAUAUAAAUGUAUGGCUAGAGCUAGUUUCUUUAAGGACUUAAAGCUCAUUUCUAUUACAUUAAUAAAUGAGAAUUCUACAAAAUA